AUUGCCUGUCUGUAAUCAAAAUAAACAGGAUUUAAAAUCAGGAUUUAAAACAAGUUUUAAAAGUGAACUUAAUUCCAAAGGUGACAAGUUCCUGGAAUUAAGUGAUAUUGCGUUAUGGAAAAUAUGUGACUGA